UUGUAUUAACAAUGAAUUACCAACUCACUUUACUGACGCUUUUGUGUUUGAAAUCUUUUUUAUAGUGUUAUCAUCGGAUCAUUUUGGAUGCAUUACUAUAUUGAUGAAAACACCAUAUUGUAGAAAAGAUGCUAAAUUAGUAGUGUUAGAAGCAAAGCAUAUGAGAGAUACCAGACUUGAUCCUAAAAGAAAAAUGGAUUAUCUGGCAAAAGAACAACUAAAGUCAUCUGUCGCUCCUGAGUUUCCCAACCAAGAUGCUUUUCAUUCAAGAAUAACGAAUGGAUUACAGGCUGUUUUGCGAGGCACCAGACAAAUUCCAUCAAAGAGAGGACCGGAAAUCAAUGAUACAUACAAUGCUGAAAACAGAUUGGAAAAUAAAUCCUCUGGUAAUGAAAAAAAGAAACCAGUUGAAAUGAAGGAGAACAACAAGUCAUCCCCGUCAUCCCACAUGUUCCCCAGUGAUCCUGAUGAUGAAGAUUUAUUUAUGAUGUCACCAAGAUCCAACAGAACAUCUGCCAGUACGGCGUUUUUAUCAAAACUAUCAUCGAAAGUUCGUCAUCCAAGUCGAACUGAUAUCACUGCUUUACAGCAAGACCAUGAACGUCUUCAAGAUCAAGUCUCUCAUUUCAAAGCGGAAGUAGAUAAACUUCAGUCAAUAUCGAUCUAUUGUGGUUCUAAAAUGGACACCUACAUAAAUCAUCUACAAGAACAAAUAACUCAAGAUGAGAAAUGUAUGGAUGUUGUAUACUUGUCCUUGGCUGGUCUAAAACAGGUUCGUGACAUCUUGAAAGGAACUUUAACUUUUCAUGGCUCAACAAUCGAACAGGAUUCCGAAUUCAGUCACAUCGACACGGCUAUUACAUCUCUUACACCCAACACAAAAACCUCAAGUGAUAAUAAGCUACCGAACUCGUUACCAGUUCCUCUACUUGCGGACUACGGGCAUUUUCAAAAGCAGAAGGAAGAAUUUAUCCUAAUCGAAUCUAGUGAAGGGCAAAACGAUGACUGUGGUGCAAAUGAAAGGACGUCUGAUAACUUUAAACCUGAGAACGUCGAUGAUAUUUCUUCUGACCUUAUUGAUUAACCAAAUCACUUUCACAGAGAUUCAUCGAUGCCAAUUGUUACCAAUACUUUUGGCGAUUAUGGCUCAACAUAAGGCUUGCGUGAUGUAGUCCUGUAAAAAACAUCUGUAAUUUACUCUCUUCGCUUUCCAAACUUAGUAUAUUUUGCAUGCUUUCUGAUUUUCUGCACAACAAAAGCUUGUUCUCCAACAAACAAAUAUAUCUUGUGGCAAGCGAUCUUGCCUUUUUACUCUUGUUCCCGCUAAACAACAAUCAGUCGCACAGGCAUUCUCCCAUUCCAAUCUUUCAUCGCCAUUAGCUUUUUCACCUGUGCGUAUGUCUUCUUGUACUGCAAUUUAUGUUGCUUUUUUCUAAUGAUUUUCCUUGGUAUUUGGAGGGAAAGGGAUUCUGGCGAUGGAGAGUUAUAUUACCAAGGAUAUAAAGUAGCACUCUUACAUCUUAAAAGUAACCUGGAAGUACUACAUCUCUAUGCCAAUUUGAAUACAGUUGAUUUGAAUAGUAUUGAUUCGAGUACUAGUCAUGUUGGAUAUUAAAACAUUAUUUUGUAUAGACUAUCGGCCACUCAAUGGGAAUUAAUAAUAUUCAAAAAUAGAAUCGUUUCGUUCUUUUUAUUUUCUUGUAUUGUACUUAUCAUAAUACGAAAAAACUUUUUCGAUAUAA